CUUCUUCAGUUUCAGGAUGAACACGACGACAAGCUACACAGGUGCAACGAGCACUUUGGCCGGGAUUAUGGUGCUCGAGUCGGGAAUGAGAAUGGAUAAGGCGGGGAACUCGUUGGACAGUGACCUUGAUAUCUCUCCGGUCACCCUAUCGUCAGCAUGGUCCAGAAUGGCGAGGCUUCUUCUGUUGGCGUCGAUGGCUGUCGGCGGCAGCGUCGGUAACGUUUUCAUGAUCUCGGCGGUGGUCGUUGAGGAUCAGCUUAAGAAACGAGGGAACGCGUUCCUGGUGAACGUCGCACUGGCGGAUCUGUUGGUAACAGGCCUCGUGAUACCGGUGUCGGUGAUCGUGAUCCUGGCAGGACACGAAGAGUCAUUGAGCACAUGCCGAUUCGAAUGCACUCUCGAGGCACUUUGCUUCCUCGUUACCGUGUUAACGCUGGCCACCAUAGCUGCGGAGAACUACAUCCGCUUGUGCCUGCCACCGGAAAGGUACGCGGUGUUAACGCCGACCCGUGUAACAGCGACGAUCAUCAGCGUGUGGCUGAUAUCGGUAACAACGGUGGUUCUGCAAUCGUCGUUGGACGUCGGGCCGGACUUCUGCCUCCGUAUAUUCAGGGGGAUAGCCAUGGAGCAAAUAAUCGGAGCGACGGUGCUAGUAGGUCUGCCAACUUUAAUGACCACCUUCCUCUACGUGAUGUUGGUGAUCCGGGUCCGGCACGCCACCAGGGGUUCUUACAAGCCGCCGGUCGCCUUCUCCUGGGACUACGAGCUGACCAAGGCGAACAUGUACAGCUGCGUGAUGUUCGUGGUAUUCUGGCUGCCGUUCGGCACCGUCGUCUGCGUUAACUCCUUCCGAACGAUAAGCCCCCGCGUUCUCUACAACCUCGCCUGGUUCGCCCUCUCGAAAUCCUGCUUCAACAAUUUGCUCUACUGCGUGGCGGACCGGCAUUUUCGCAGCGCGUACGUCAAGCUUUUCCACUACUGCUGCUGCAAGACCACGGUGAGUUUCUCGAGGAGGACCAGGGGCGGCGACGGUGGCCGAAACACCAGCGACGUGCGCCUCAGGGUGCACAUUAUCCAUUCUUACGCCAGUCCGGCCUCCUGCCGGCCCCCCGCAGGCAGGCCCAACGGACGUGACGUUUACGAGCUA